AUGCACCAGUACAAUCGCGGUCAUUCUCGCAGCUUUGGUCCUGAACUCCAAAAGACAUUUGUCACAAACCCUACAAACCAGCAAUCAUAUCAUCCAUUGACUCAAGAUAGCCCUCUUGAUAUCGCUCUUUCGUUUGUCUCUUCUCAAUUGACCAGUAGCGAUUAUGUUGUCAAGAGCUCUUAUGUCUCCGAUCUCAACGGAGUUACUCACAUCCAUCUCCGCCAGACAGUCCACGGCAUCGAGGUUGCCAAUGCUGAUAUCAAUAUCAACGUCGACAGAUAUGGCCGUAUCCUAUCCUAUGGAAACUCAUUUGCCCCAACCCUAUUCAAAGCACAGCAAAAGUCCUUUUCAUGGGCCGUCCUUUCUCUCUUAUCCUUUGUCCGCAAAAACCUCCCAGACCCUCGUGUCAUCGACCAACUCUCUCCCUCCACCUUUGAGCCAAUCCCUGUCUCGACUCUGCAAGACGAUGGCAGUGAGUCCUGGCACAUGCUGUUUGAUGAGGUUCCCUUUGCCCUCUCGCCAGUCGAAGUCCGCCAGUCCUAUCUCCAACUGUCCAAUGGCGAUCUCCAACUGGUCUGGACUGUACAGCUCGAACUAGACGACCACUGGUAUGAUGCCCAGAUCAAUGCCCACGAUGGCUCUGUAAUCGGUCUGCACGAUUGGGUCUCCCAGGCAUCUUACUACAACAUCAUUCCUUUCGGCCAAAAUGAUCCUUCCGAUUCGGCCCAGGUCCUGGUCAAGAAUCCACACGACACUUUCGCUAGUCCGGUCGGAUGGCAUGUCCAGGCUUCUUCGUCGUCCAAGAAAGUCUUUACUACCUUUAAUGUCACAAUCGGUAACAAUGCCUAUACACACACCAACCCAGACGGUGGUUCCGGAUGGCAGAACAACUAUCGCCCCAAGGGAAUCGUUGAUGAACAGGGCGACAUUGUGUUCAACUACAAGGCCGACUUUGAAAACCAGGAGCCGGUAGAGUACGAAGACGCUGCGGUCACCAAUCUGUUCUAUUGGUGUAACACCGCCCACGACCUCUUCCACCGCUACGGAUUUGACGAAAAGGCCGGAAACUUCCAGCAGGACAACCUUGGCCGUGGCCGUAACCCAGACAAAGACGACGGCGAGGAUGAUGCCGUGAUCGCCAAUGCCCAGGACGGAUCUGGUAAAAACAAUGCAAACUUUGCCACCCCACCUGACGGCAAGCACGGCAAGAUGCGGAUGUACGUCUGGGAUCAGACCAAGCCCAUGCGCGACGGCGAUUUUGAGAGUGGCAUCGUGAUCCACGAGUACACGCACGGUGUAUCGACCCGUCUGACGGGUGGUCCCAAGAACAGCAACUGUCUUGGCUGGGGUGAGGCCGGUGGUAUGGGCGAAGGCUGGGGAGAUUUUGUGGCUACGAUCAUCCAGAUGAAGAGCGAGUACACGCGUGAGGUUGAUUUCGCAAUGGGUGGGUGGUCCAAUGGCGGUAAAGGAAUCCGCAAGUACAACUACUCAACCAACAUCAAGACCAACCCGAGCACCUACCGCAUCAUGGACCGCUUUGACUACUGGGGUGUCCAUGCAAAGGGCGAAGUCUGGGCCGAGAUGCUCUAUGAAGUCUACUGGGAUCUUGUAGACCAGCACGGCUUUACUCCAGACUGGUUCCCUCCAACCCCUGAGGACGAAAAUCUGUUUAUGUCCAAGAGUGACCUGGAGCGGGUCAGAACUCAUGUUGUCUCACAUGGCAAUACCCUUGCCCUCCAGCUGGUCAUGGAUGGUCUCAAACUGCAGCCCUGCAGUCCAAGCUUCACCGAUGCCCGUGAUGCGAUCCUUUUGGCCGAUCACGCCUUGACGAACGGAGAGAACUACUGUUUGAUCUACAAGGCGUUUGCCAGACGCGGUCUUGGUGACGGAGCCAAACUCACAAAGGAAGGAUGGCUCGAAAGACGUGUGGAGAGCUACGAAGUUCCGGCCAAGUGUACUUAG